UUUAGUGCGACUGAAAAGACAGAGAAAGCUGCGGAAUGUGAAACAAAGCGUUCCCGCUAUUACUCGCUUUAGGAGAUUUGAACACGACCACCACACUCGACAUCAUGAUGCAUCAGUUAACGGCCCUCGUAAUGUUAACAACUUGAUUACAAUGAAGAUAUCUAAGCCUGGUCCUACUCUCCCUAGAAUUAUUCCUAGCUGCAUGGUCAUCAAUGCUCGCUCCUUGGUUAAACCGUAUGCUGCGGCAGCACUAUAUACUGAAUUGUGCACUAACAAGAUCGAUCUUUGUUUUGUCUCCGAAACUUGGCUUCAUAGCAAAGUCGUUUCGAGUUUGAUAUGCCCUGAUGGAUAUCUCAUUGUAAGGAAAGACCGUUGUGACUUGCGAACAGGAGGGGGAGUUGCUAUCAUUUGCAGAAACGACUGGAAGAUCAAACGCCUGGAUUUCCAAAACAACUUGGAAUGUGCAUGGUGUGAAAUUGUUACUGCCAAUUUUGAAUAUCAUGUAGCCGCUAUUUACCACUCCCCUAAUCCUACAUAUGCUGAUGUGGAAUUAUUAGACCAUCUAUCUGAGAGCUGUGAACAGAUCCUCUCAUUUAAACCUAACGCAAGAAUCAUCAUUGCGGGGGACAUCAACCAGUUGAACAUACGGGAUCUU